AUGGGCGUCACGUGGCAAGAGAAGCAGCUCUACCACGAGGUCGCUUCGCAUCUCGAAGGCGAGGCGCAGCGCUGGUUCGCUACGGUGAUGGAGUCCGUGCCGGAAGACGAGGAGAACAUCAGCACCCUGGACGGAAUGCUGCGCGCCAAGUACAUGACGCAACGCACCGGACCAGAGGUGGUUGACCUACUCAACGCGAGACGACAGAUAAGAGGAGAGCGGUUGAUCGAGUACGCGCAGUCGCUGCGCGAGAUCGGCGAGCGCGGCGACGUCGGAGAAGAUUGGCUGGUGAAUGCCUUCUUGAAGGGGAUGAGCAGCCCCGAGGGCGCGACCCAUGUGCGAGGCCACAGGCCUCAGACGCUGGAUGAAGCAGUGAGCCUGGCGGUGCCCCACAUCGGCGAGUAUGGC